AGAGAGAGAGAGAGCGAGAGAGAGAGAGCUGGCGGCGGGGUUCAACACGGAAAACCAGUUGUUUGUUGUUUCUUUUGGUUUGACAAACCCUUUUGGAUCUAUGUCCGUUUGGGAUGGUAAUCGAUCUUGAAAGUGGGUUAGGCCAAACAAUUAGCCAUUCAAUGAUCAUCUUCUUGAGCUCGAAAACCGUCCAUUCUCAGUCUACGUGAUCUGUAUCAAAACAUUACCCGUAGAACAACUCAGUAACACGUUCUCGAUUUCUGAUUAGUAAUUAUUUCGAGCUGCUGCUAGUUCUCUGCACGCAAUGCUUGGAUAACUGAAUAAUUCAUCUGUUCUGUAAACUCAACUAUACUCUAGAAUAGAUUGGAUUUAAAUUUCUGGACAUAUUCUUAGGCAUCAAAACUCUUGAGGAUGAAAUCAUUCUUUGCCCACCAGUGGUAGAUUUCUGCAAAUAUGGUGUUUAGCAGAAUUGCAGAAUUUGUUUCUGCUGUGACAAUUCGUUUGUCAGACCCAAAGUCUUCAACUGCCCCUUAUACAUCAUCUGGAUUGCCACCUCUGGCGGGUUCUGUUCAUGGUUCUGGUUUUGCAAGCUCAGGGCAGAAGAACAAUCUGAGACACUUCUCAUCCCUUCAAGAUUUCUCUGCAUAUCGCCAGCUUGAUCCAGAAGAAGGCAAUCUUAACACUGGGAUUGAGAGGAUUUCAGCCCACCUAAAACAGCCUCAUUUAUUAGCAAGAGAAAAUGGUGGGUCAAGUUUUUCCAAGGAGAAAGCAUCACCAGCAACCCCUUUUUUGCGAAAGAAGUGGGUGCGAGUGAUUAUGGUUCUCCUGUGCAUACUGUUGUUUGCUGCUUUUAUUUAUAUGUUAAAGUUUUUUUAUUUUAAUUGGUCUCAAGGGGCAUCCAAGUUCUAUGUUGUACUUGAUAGUGGUAGCACUGGAACCCGGGUUUAUGUAUAUCAAGCAUCUCUUCAUCGCAAGAAAGGUGAGAGUCUCCCUAUUUUGUUGAGAUCACUACCAGAAGGUCUUCAGAAAAAGCCUAUUCCACAAAGUGGACGCGCCUACAACCGAAUGGAGACUGAGCCUGGUUUGGACAAAUUGGUGCAUAAUUUAUCUGGCUUGCGGGGUGCAAUAAAACCACUUCUUCGAUGGGCAGAGAAGCAAAUUCCCAAGAAUGCACAUAAAUCUACUUCCCUCUUCCUUCUUGCAACUGCUGGUGUUCGCAGACUGCCUAGUUCAGACUCAGAGUGGCUUCUUAACAAUGCUUGGUCCAUUCUAAACAAUUCACCUUUUCUGUGCCAGACAGAAUGGGUUAAGACUAUCAGUGGCAUGGAGGAAGCGUAUUAUGGAUGGACAGCUUUAAACUACGACACUGGUGUUUUGGGAGCUACACCCAAAAAAGAAACAUUUGGUGCACUCGACUUGGGCGGCUCAUCAUUGCAGGUUACUUUUGAGAGCAAGGAACAUGUCCAUAAUGAAACUACCUUAAAACUGAGCAUUGGUCCUGUAAACCACCAUCUCACUGCGUUUUCUCUAUCGGGCUACGGUUUGAAUGAUGCUUUUGACAAGUCUGUGGUUCAUCUUCUCAAAAGGCAACCUCAUGUUACAAACGCAGAUCUAGUUAGUGGGAAAAUUGAAAUCAUGCACCCUUGCUUGCAUUCAGGUUACAAAGAGGAAUACACCUGUUCUCAGUGUGCAUCUGCCUAUAAGGAAGGUGGGAGUCCUCCAAUUGGAGGAAAAACUGCGGGUAAAGGAGGAAAACCUGGAAUUCCCCUUCAGCUAAUUGGUGUUCCAAAGUGGGAUGAAUGCAAUGCACUUGCAAAAGUGGCAGUCAAUUUGUCUGAAUGGUCAAAUCUAAGUCCAGGAAGUGACUGUGCGUUGCAACCUUGUGCCCUUCCAGAUAAUCUGCCUCGUCCUUAUGGUCAGUUUUAUGCGAUGUCCGGAUUUUUUGUGGUAUAUCGUUUUUUUAACUUGACUUCUGAUGCUGCACUGGAUGAUGUGUUAGAGAAGGGCCAGGAAUUUUGUCAAAAACCUUGGGACAUUGCAAAAAAGAGUGUUGCCCCACAGCCCUUUAUAGAACAGUAUUGCUUCAGAGCGCCAUAUAUAGUGUUCCUAUUGAGGGAAGGCUUACACAUUACAGAUAGUCAUGUCAUUAUUGGUUCUGGAAGUAUUUCUUGGACGCUCGGAGUUGCUCUGUUGGAAGCUGGGAAAGGAUUGUCCGCCAGAGUGGAGUUUCACAAUUACGAGAUACUCCGGAUGAAGAUGAACCCAUAUGUUUUAUCAGUCAUUUUGUUUAUUUCAUUGUUUUUACUAUUUUGUGCAUGCUCAUGCAUGGGCAAUUGGAUACCAAGAUUUUUCAGCAGGUCAUAUCUGCCCCUUUCUAGGCAUAACAGUGCCUCCACGUCUGUUCUCAACAUCCCAAAUCCUUUCGGCUUUCAGCGCUGGAGUCCUAUCACUUCAGGGGAUGCAAGAGGUAAGAUGCCAUUGAGUCCAAUUGCGAGUGCCCAACAGAGACCAUUUGGGAUGGGACAUGAUUUUGGCGGUAGCAGUAUUCAGCUCACUGAAUCUUCUUUAUACCCAUCAUCUAGCAGUGUCACCCAUAGUUAUUCUUCAGGUAGCUUGGGCCAGAUGCAGUUUGACAAUGGUAGCAUGGGUUCCCUCUGGUCCCCUCACAGAAGUCAGAUGCGUCUUCAGAGCAGGAGAUCACAAUCACGUGAAGACCUUAAUUCUUCCCUCACUGAUGCACACUAGUUGAAAGUUUAAAUCACUUCCUAUUUGUUGCAUGAAAUAAACUUGUAUUCGAAAAUUGUCCUACUGGUUCGAGUCAAGAAGUGCAGAGUGCAACACCAUGCAGUCUCUCUUCAUCCCUUUCACCGGGACACAUUAGUUGGACAACUUUCUUUAAGGUGGUUGGAACAUCAACACUGAUGGGUGGUGAAAAAAGAAAUGCUGAAGGAGAGGAGUUGGAGAACUAAUCAGAGAUGACACUGGUAGAUUGGUGAAGUUUCAGUGGCAACAUCAAACAGCUAUGAGCCUGUUGGCAGAGUUAGAUAUCAACAAAGGUUUGAAACUUAACACGACGAAUUUUGAAACUCAGAAACUUAAUGCGGAACUGGAUUCCACUUGUCCAUUCAACCCAUCAGCUCCUUUCAUUAAAGGAGCGGAGCAUUUUUACGAGGAAUCUGAUUGAG